GUCCUAAAAUGGAUAUAUUAUAAUGUAUUACAUAUGACUGAUUCACCGUGCCGCAUGCUCUGUAAAGUCGGCUAUGGUUUGUUCUAACGUACGGGCAUUACAUGCUGGCUCCCUUUUUCUGCUGCCUAAAUGGUUUGCUCCAAAUUAGAAGCACUAGUGGGAGGUCCUGGGGUUAUACCAGAAGCCGGUUUCAAUAGUAGGAAACGCGUGAAGUUUGACCUCUAGGUACCAAUACUGAAAACAUCACAAUGAUCUCGCCAAUUAUGCGACUCAGCCAUGUCACAUUCCAAGCAUCCAACGCUCUGAAACUUAUUGAAGAGUUUGUGACGAAGUACAAGUUUCAUCCAUUUGCUGCUCGAGGGUUGGAUGGGGGAAGUUCAUGCCAGGUAGCUCUGAGAAAUGGAGGAGUUGUAUUUAUGGUUAAUGAAAAUACUCAGAAGACCCAUGAGAACCCAGUCAUGCUGUAUGAUAUUCCUCUCCCAAUUCCUUUCCUAGACACUGCAUGUAAUGUUAGCUUUGAGGUGGAAGAUGUUCCAGGCUUGUACCGCCAUCUAGUUGAUGAAGGCUGUCAACUGCUUUUGCCCCCAACAGAACUCCAUGAUGACUUUGGCUCUGUGACAUACUGUAUAGUAAAGUCUGUGGUUGGGAAUGUAAGCCACACACUCAUCGACCGUAGGCAUUAUAAAGCCAGUUUUCUCCCUGGGUUUAAGUAUCUCAAAAAUAAUACCAACAACUUGUCUUCUGGCAAUCUAACCCAUGUAGAUCAUAUUGCAUAUGCCUGCCCUUUUGGAACCUCACCAAGCAUUUUAGAAUGGUAUAGGCGUUGUUUUGGGUUCCAGCACUUUCCUCUCUAUAAAGGAGAAGACCCUGAACGUGGACUAGAAAUCACUGGGCAUAGGAUAGGUUUACGGUUGACUUCAUUGGUGUGCCCAAGACUCGGUGAAGGGUGCAAGCUAGUACUGGCAGAGUCUCUCCCACAGGAAGGCAUUAAUCAAGUGGAUCAGUUUAUAGAGCAUCACACAGACGGUGGUAUUCAGCACAUUGGUCUUUCUACACCAGAUAUAUUUAAAGCUGCAAGAGACCUGUCACAUUUGGGUGUACGCUUUGCCAGCCAACCUUCAUCCUACUAUUCUGAACCCAGAAAGCAGAAAGAAAUCUAUAAUGUAGGUCUAGAACCCCAGAUGCUUGAGAAGUUUGGGAUAUUGAUAGAUUCAGCAACUGAAGAUAUCCUGUCAGAGGAUGCCUCCAAAAAGUUUCUUUUGCAGGUUUUUGCAGAACCCCUCUUUAGCAAGAACUCAGUCUUUCUGGAGCUCAUUGAACGCAGAUCAGCAGAAGGGUUUGGGGAAGGAAACAUCCGUGCCCUGUGGCGCUCAAUGCAGGACCUGCAAGAAGACCUAACUGUUAAAGAACAUGAAGCCCAGUGACCAUUUCUGUCAGGUGUCAUCUAAAUGGAAAUGAAACAAAAGUGAGAACAUUUUGUGAUAUUUAAUGCUGUAUCUAGUCCCCUAAUUAAAUGGGAAUCAUGGAAAUAUUUUAUCUUAACACUCCCUAGUUCUUGUACUGCAGACAAGCCUUCUCUUCAGUAGCUUCAUAUUAAAGCAGGUAGGUUACAGGUAGUGCUCUUAAGGGAUAAUGUAAUAAAAGUUCAAUAGUUUGCCCUUAUCCAGUAACCUAUAGCAACCAAUCAGAUAUUUUUUUUCAAACAUCUGUAAAUUCCAGCUGCUGAUUGCUUUGGGUUACUAGACAAGAAGUAAACUUAGAUGUUUAUUACACUCCAUUAGUGCUGAAAAAUCAUGUGUGUCAAUUUGUAAAAAUAUUCAGUUAAAGAAAGCACACAAGCAGCUGUUACUUGGCGUUGUUAUACUAACAAUGCUACCUCUAACCCUGGGCCUGGUAGCAAAGUAUAUAGGAUUGCUGAUUUAAGAACAUAUGUGCUAAAUUGCAUUGCAUAAGUGCUGUUGCAAGAAACAACCAAUCACCAAUUUAUUUUGAAUAGUAUACUAUAAGUUUGAAAAUAAAAGAAAAGCUAAUUGGUUGCUAUUGACAACUGCACGUGUACAGUUUAGCACCUGUGUUUGUUAAUGAGCCAUACAUACACUCUCGCUACACUUUGUGGGUUUAGUCUCUCAUCUCAUCAAUUAGCAUAAUGAUUUAUUUUGUUUUUGAUUGUAAAGAAAUGUAUCAAAAUAUCAUAGUUUAUUUAUGAUGAUUAAUAUAUAGCAAAAACUUUAACAGUUAAAAAAAACAAACCAAAUACAAUACUAAAUAAAAAAAACCUAUCAAUGUGGAAUUUCUCAUGAAGUUAUCCUGCUUGCUCAAAUGAAGGGCUGCAAGGUUUUUUUUUUUUUUUUUUUUUUUUUUUUUUACACACUAGACAUGGGCAUAGGGUCCUUUCCACAAUAAGUUAGGUUAAUGGCACACUAGUAUUAUGUGGCUCCAGCAUUUUCUUACUUCAUGGGAGGCCCUGCUUUUUUGAGCAAUGCAUGCCUGUAACUAAACAGGACAUGGUGCAUUGCAGCACUUCCAAUUUACUUUGAUUAGGAGAAGACUUCUAGCAUUUUGUCCACCUCCCAUGGUACACAUUCCUCUACCUUCACAUUAUGUCUUUGGACACUUUUUUUGUGUAUCCCUGGCACCUUUUAGCAUUCAGUUCUGUUUUGUGAACAGAACACACAGCAGUAAGUACAUUGUAGCUCCAUGACAACAAGCGGCAGGGUUUCCGAUUAGGCACUAGAUUUGUUCAGGAAGGGCAUCUACAGUUAGCUUUAAGGUGCAGGCAUAUCAUUUGGCCCAAGUAUCACUGAGAAGGCAAAAUGUACAAUACAGAAAGCAUGCACAGGGCUUUAGAUUGUUUGUGCAUAACUGAAUAGUUACCAUUGGGACAGUAAAUGCCUCUGUGUCAUGCAGCAAGAAAGAUGACAGAGGAAAAAUAAGGGUAUGGUAGUGCCUCAAGGGCACAGUUAUAUUAAGGUGAUGCUUCUUAAAGGGAACAUGAAUUAAACAUGAUAUAUUUGAUGUUUUCUUGUCCGUUAAACACCCCAAAUGAGUCGCAGUAGAUAUAUCUAUGGCCUCCUAAAUGGCCGCUCAGUAAAUUGGUUUAUAUGCACCAACACAGGCUGCCCCAGAAACUGCCAUUGACAGAGAGAAGAACCGCUAUAUAUAUUCUGCUCCAAGGAUACCCAUCACCCACAGCCACUCAAUACAUUCUUUCAAAUAUAAAAUUUUAUUUCACAUAAAAAUGUAUAAAAAUAUUAAGCUUUCUGUAUACAGUCUACAAAAGUAUGAUAGCACAUGGAAUAAAAUGCAUGACUAAAGCUUUUCUAGGAGAGGUAGUUCACUUUGUAAGUCAUUUGACAGUACAGGUGUAUUGGACCCCUUAACCCGGAAACCCGUUAUCCAGAAAGUUCCGAAUUACAGAAAGGCCAUCUCCCAUAGACUCCAUUUUAAUCAAAUAAUUCACAUUUUUGAAAAUGAUUUCCUUUUUCUCUGUUGUUCCCAACUAAGAUAUAGUUAAUUCUUAUUAGAGCCAAAACAAUCCUAUUGGGUUUAUUUAAUGUUUAAAUUAUUUUUUUAAUAGACAAGGUAGGAGAUCUAAGUUACGGAAAAGGUCCCAAGCAUUCUGGAUAAUGGGUCCCAUACCUGUACCUGGCAUAAAAUGUCUGCCGCAAUUUACAAAAUAGAAAAUAUUUUCAUGUUCUGAUAAAUACACAGCAUUACUGGUUGAAUGAGCAACCAAUCUUCCCAUCAGUUGCAGAACUGUCUCUCAGGAUUGUGUGACCUGCUGAUAUUUAUAGUUCAGCAAAAGUUUACUGCUAAAAACUUGCAUAACAAAUAGGCAACAGAUAAUACAUAAUGGAUAUGCAAAGAAAGCCUCAGGUACAGCUUGAAGCUACAUGUUAAUAUUAGAACAUUAAUUGGAAACUAAAGGUCCCCAUACACGGUAAGAUCGCCAAGCGAGCGGAUCUUCCCCCGAUAUCCCCACCUACGGGUGGGCGAUAUCGGGGGGCUUGAAGUUAAAAAAAAUAAAAAAUAAUCCGACCGGAUUAUGUAGGCGGCAAUGGGGCAGUCGGUUCGGGGACCGCAUCAACGAGCCGAUGCGGCCCCCGAUCCGACUGAAUCUUUUAACCUGGCCGAUCGAUAUCUGGCCAAUUUCAGGCCAGAUAUCGGUCGGCCAGCCCGCUCGUUUCUGCCCCUUCACGGGCAGAUAAGCUGCCGAGUCGGUCCAAGGGACCAACACAAAUGUAAUCAGCAAACCCUAAGCUACGUAGGAUAGCACCUCUGGUGUGGCUUUCCCAAUUAUGGCUGCAUAUAUGCAAUAUACUGCCUUAAAAUGCACCUUAGCGCUGCACCCUAGAGAAGCACAUGUGGUUUAACAAGCAAAAACAGAACAGCAGACAUGCCAGUAGAAGUAAAAAAAAAAAAAACUUUUAAAAAACACUGGCUGCUUUAUUUUAUGUGGCAUAGAAAUCAGAACAGCAUCCCUAUGCCAUUAGGCUAUGAAAAUAAAUCGUGUUUAUUUGGGGCUAAAGGCCAACUCCGUCACUGUAGUAUAUUUCCAAUUUCUUUGGUAGUAGCACUCAUUUUCACCAAACUCUAUGCUUCACUUAUGUAGCUUAAAGGCAUGUUCUACAGAUUUUCUGCAGAGACCUCUUUCAAACGGAAAAGGUUAUAUUUAUAAAGAUGUAAAUGCUGUCCGCUAAAAAUAAAUGGCUAUAUCUAAACUACUUUGGUCUGUGUGUUUUAUUGAUCAUGAUCAGGAAAGGUCUGCAAAGUGGUUAAAAAUGCUCUGCAAAAGGCAGCAGCACUCAACAGCUGUUAUACAUUGCUUUUUUCAAACAAUACCCCCCCCAAACAAUGUAGGUCUCUUUAAAGAUA